CACUGAAAAAUCUCAAUUUUGGGGGGAUUUGAGGCGAUUUCAUCACUUGGCCGCUGCCCAGAGGGGAAGGAAAAUUCCAAAUUCGCUGAGUCAGCAGCUCCAGCUGCAGCCCCGGCCACGCUCGGGGCAAAACUCCCCAAAUUUGGGCAAAAAUCCCAAAAUUUGGGCAAAACUCCCAUUUUUUUUGGCAAAACUCCCAAUUUUUGGAGCAAAACCCCCAAUUUUUGGAGUAAAAAUCUCAAAUUUUGGACAAAAACCCCCCAGAUUUGGGGUCAAAUCUUAGCAAAUUUCCAGAUUUCGGUUCAAAAAUCCCAAAUUUCGAAGAAAUCCCAGAAUUUCGGGGUGAAAUUUUAGGAUUUUGGCGCAGGCGCAUGUGAAGGAUGCUGCGGCAGGGCCGCCGGGCGCUGCUGGCCGCGGCGCUGUUCCUGGCCUGGCACGGGCUGCUGCUGCUGUUCCUGUGGGGCCGCCCGGGGGCGCCGCCGAGCGCGCGGCUCCGCGCCGAGGCCGCUGCAGGGGAGGGGGCGCGGCUGCUGCCGGCGCAGCUGCUGCGGCUGGCGCAGGACGCCGAGGCCGAGCUGCGGCUGCAGCGCGACCUGCUGCUGCAGAUCCAGCGCCUGCGCCGCCACAAACCGCCGCCCAAACCCACCCAAAAACCCACCCAAAAACCGCCCAAACCCACCCAGAACACCCCCCGGCCCGCCGAGCCGCCGGUGAUCCCGGUGCUGGUGCUGGCCUGCGACCGCAGCUCGGUGCGGCGCUGCCUGGAUAAAAUCCUGCGCUACCGGCCCAGCGCGCGGCGCUUCCCGGUCAUCGUCUCGCAGGACUGCGGCCACGCCGAGACGGCCGCGGUCAUCGCCUCCUACGGCGCCGCCGUGGCGCACAUCCGCCAGCCCGACCUCAGCGACGUGCCGGUGCCGCCGGAGCACCGAAAGUUCCAGGGCUACUACCGAAUCUCCCGGCACUACCGCUGGGCGCUGGGCCAGGUGUUCCGCACCUUCCGCUACCGCGCCGCCAUCGUGGUGGAGGACGACUUGGAGGUGGCGCCAGAUUUCUUCGAGUAUUUCCAGGCGGUUUUGCCGCUGCUGGAGGAGGAUCCCACGCUCUGGUGCGCCUCGGCGUGGAACGACAACGGCAAGGAGGGUCUGGUGGACGCCGGGCGCGCCGAGCUCCUGUACCGCACCGAUUUCUUCCCCGGCUUGGGCUGGCUGCUGCUGGCCGAGCUGUGGGACGAGCUGGAGCCCAAAUGGCCGCCGGCGUUUUGGGACGAUUGGAUGAGGCGGCCGGAGCAGCGGCGCGGCCGCGCCUGCGUCCGGCCGGAGGUGUCCAGGACGAUGACCUUCGGCCGCAAGGGCGUCAGCCACGGCCAGUUCUUCGACCAGUACCUAAAAUUCAUCAAACUCAACGACCGCUUCGUGCCUUUCACCCAACUGGACCUUUCUUACCUCAAGCGCGAGGCCUACGAGCGCUCCUUCCUGCCGCAGGUCUACGGCGCGCCCGAGAUCCGCCUGGAGCAGCUGCAGGAGGAGCCGGCGCCGGGCCCGGGCCCCGUGCGGCUCCAGUACCGCGGCCGCGACUCCUUCAAGGCCUUGGCCAAAGCCUUGGGCUUGAUGGACGACCUCAAAUCCGGCGUCCCCCGCGGCGGCUACCGCGGCGUGGUCAGCCUGGUGUGCCGCGGCCGCCGCGUCUUCCUGGCGCCGCCCUCGGACUGGACGGGCUACGACCCCUCCUGGAGCUGAGCGGGGUUUUUUGGGGGAGUUCCGGUGGUUUUAUGGGUUUUUUUGGGGGGGAUUUCAUUGGAUUUGUUGUUUUUCCUUCGGGGGGAGUUUUGCAGAAUAAAAAAAAAAUGAGAAACGCUGCGGGGGAUGAUAGGCAUUGUCCCAUCUGAGUUCUGCGUCAACGCCCUUCCCAUCGGGUUAAAAAUCGGUUAAAUUGGGUAAAUUCCAGUGGUUGAAAAGCAUUUUUCAGGGCUAAAUUUGGCGUUCUUUUUGGGGGGUUUUUGCAGGAUAAAAAGGUGAGAAAUGCUGCAAGGGAGUAGGGGCGUUCUCCCCUCUGAAUUCUGUGUCCCCAUCAAGUUAAAGAUGGGUAAAAUUGGUUAAAUUCCAGUGGUUGAAACGCGGCUUUCAGGGCUAAAUUUGGAUUUUUUUUUGGGGAGGCUCGUGGGGUUCUCAGGAGUCGGACACGGGGCAGGAAUUUUCCAGAAUAAAAGGCUAAAAACUGGGGGAUUCUCCCCACAAAA